CAACGAAACGAAACGCUUUUGACGUCUACUGUCAAACACCCACAGCUGCAGAACGACAUCGAAAAUAUCAUAAAAACCUGCGGAACGGACGGAGCCGUGUCUUGCGAGUAUCUAAAUCGCUCUCCGAAUAAAUAAAGACUAAACUAAAACAAUAAUUAAAAUAAAACAGCGUUCCCAAAGCUAAAUAAGAUGUGAUCUUGUGUUAGUUCUAUGAGAAGUGGCAGUUUAUCGCUGAACAAACAUUAUCGGCACGGAUGGAAUGUCUCUGGCUUGUGCAGACGCGCGGGUAUGAUGGUGGUGCGGUUGAACCUGCGCGUGGCGCUGGGCGCGCUGUGCUGCGUCGUGAUCGCGCUCACACUGUUCUGGGCGCGUUGUGGGGAGCUCAGCCGGCCGCCAGUCGGUUCGAUGCUGUCAAACGCGUUGACCGAGCGAACAGCGCCCGAUCAGAUCGAAUGUUCGAUCAACGGCGAAUAUUCGAUCGCUUGUCGCAGGGACCGGGACGAUGUGUACGUGCCCUUUAAUUUCAUAAGGAAAUAUUUCGAGAUAUAUGGGAAAGUGACAUCAGUGGAUGGCGUCGAGAAAUUCGAAUGGUCUCACAGCUACAGCAAAAUCUACCACCCGAAGAAAAAGUACGAUCCGCGCGGCACCUUCGUUACCUUUGAGAACUACAACGUCGAAGUUCGAGACCGCGUCAAAUGCGUGAGCGGGACGGACGGUGUUCCCGUCUCGACGCAAUGGGAGCCCAGAGGCUUCUAUUACCCAACGCAGAUAGCUCAAUUUGGCUUGUCACAUUACAGCAAGAAUAUUACAGAGCCUGAACCAAGAAUAAGGAUCUUAGAUGACAGCGAGAAGUAUUUAGAGAACUGGAUUGUCAGUAAAGACGCGUCAUUGUCAAGGGAAUUUGAUGAGAAAGUGCGUUCGAAUGUUUUAAAGUUUUCGACGACGGAGUUAGCGUCGAGCCAAGUGUGGUUGAAAGUGAAUAUUAGCCUGGACUUCGUGUUGAGCGUGGAUGUGUUGUUGAGGCCGAACUCGUCGGUGACAGUGGUGCUGCAGAACAAGGAGAGGAAAGAGACUGCUUAUUUGCAUUAUGUUACGACUACACAGAUGAUUUAUGCUCAGGAGGAGCAUAUAUACUACGGCAUCGGGGCAGAAGCAAUAUGGCGGCGGCUGACGCGCGACCUAAUCGUCGACAUGCAAAAAGGCUGGGCCUUGUUGGACAGGCCCAAGCGGAAGUCGCCACGGACCAAGUUCAAGAUCUCCAGCAUAAUCCUAAGCGGCAACGGUUCCCUCGACAACCUGACUAUAAGCACCAGCGCACACAUGGAGCAGUUCUACGCGGCCGCCACAUGGCUGGUGCGGCGACAACGGGCCCGGAGCGGAGGCUGGCCUAUACCCGUGCGGCGCCGGGUGGCUGCAGGGGUCACUGACCUGCGGCCUGGCUGGCACUCAGCAAUGAGCCAAGGGCACGGCAUCUCGCUCCUGGCCAGGGCGUUCCACCGCAGCGGUGACGCUGCUUACCUGCGAGCGGCUAAAAAGGCCCUUUAUCUACUAGAUGUACCGAGCCACGCCGGCGGCGUUAAAGCUAUGUGGAUGGAUAAGCAUGUAUGGUACGAGGAAUACCCCACAAAACCGCCGCUGUUCGUCCUGAACGGCUUCAUAUACACGCUCCUCGGCCUCUACGACCUCCACGUGAUCGAAGGUGAGAACUCCAUCUCACUCGCCAAGAAGAUGUUCGAUGACGGCAUGACGUCACUCAAAACACUCCUGCCAUUGUUCGACACAGGCAGCGGCAGCUUUUAUGAUCUCAGGCAUUUCACUCUAGGCGUAAGUCCUAAUAUUGCACGAUGGGAUUACCACGCUACUCAUGUGAAUCAAUUGUACUUACUAGCGGGGCUAGAUGACGACCCAAUAUUGAUAAAUACGGCGAAAAGAUGGGAGGGUUAUAUGCAGGGGAAACGGGCAGCCCACAAUUGAGUCAAAUUGAAUUUUAUUGUGUUGCAAUAAGAGCUAUUUACUAUUGAAACUGGUUUCACGCUAGACGCCAGUCCUAAUAUUGCACGAUGGAAUUACCACGCUACUCAUGUGAAUCAAUUGUACUUACUAGCGGGGCUAGAUGAUGAUUGUGGACCCAAUAUUGAUAAAUACGGCGAAAAGAAGGGAGGGUUAUAUGCAGGAAAAAAGGGCAGCGCAUAAAUGAGUCAAAUUGAAUUUUAUUGCGUUGCAAUAAGAAAUAUUUUCCAUUGAAUCUGGUUUCUAUGACGAUUGGCAUUCCACGUCAGGCGUAAGUCCUAAAUAUUGCAAAGAAAACAAAAACAAACUCUGUCCCAUUUAAUAAUGGUUUAAAAAUAAUUGGAGUAAUUUGUACUAGUAUUAGGACCGUGGGACGCUAGAGGUUAACGCAGAUUUGUAAAAAAUCUUAUGAAUAACGAAAAAUUUAAAGCUCCGUUGACCGAGCCAACUCUUGCUAAUGGAAAUUGUGCGUUAUUAUGAUAUAAAUAAAGCACAUCAUCGAAUCGUCGAUUUCGGUUUUGAAUCGGGAACAUUAUUGAACGAUUUCUAUAUAUAAAUACAGGUAAUAUGUAUGCACAUAAUUAAGUAGUUUAUGUAUAUACGCUGAACAAAUGCGAAAGACUAGUACUUGUAAUAAAUAGCUGCUAUUCAAUAAAGAUAUAUCGACAAAUAUUUAGAAUGAAACGCAACUCUAUUAAAAUCAGUUUA